ACGCUGAUGACGCUAGAAUCCUACGCUUCAUUGUUUUUUGUGAGAUAACGAGCUGCCCCCAAAUGCGAAAUGCUGCUGGCGAGAGCAUAGUCUGUUGAAGUCAGCCUGACCUCAGGCUGUUGACAACCAUCGGAGUACCAUAAAGAGGCCUACUAGAUACACAAACGAUUCUCGUCGAUCCUAUAUGAAAGGUCUGUGCAUGUACCCACAAGAAUCAUGAACUCGACACUGGUCCACGGCUGGGUUGCUUCGCCAAAUGAACGCGGUACAAUCGAUAUCGUCUGGAGCUGCAUUGUCACCAUGUUUUUAUGCAGUUGGUCUGUUCUGUUUCUGAACGUGCCCGACAAACACGACUUCCGGUCAUAUCUAGCAACAAAGCUCUCAUGGGUUGCCUUCACCAUCUUCUUUCCCGAGAUCCUAGCGUCAUUCGCCCAGGUCCAGUUUCUCUCCGCCCGAAACUCGGUGUCCGCAUUCACCAAACUCGGGUAUCGUGAUUGGUCCAUGACACAUGCGUUCUUCGCCGACAUGGGAGGCUUCAUGCUUGACCCUCCAGAUUACCCGCCAUUUCCCGUCAACGCCCAUCAGAUUCACUACCUUGUCGAGCACGGCUUCAUCGAUUUCCCCAGUAUUCAACGAGACACCAUCCAGGACAGGAACAAAGCAGACGCUUUCGUCCGUAUCCUUACAUCCAUCCAAAUACUUUGGUUCGCCCUUCAAUGUAUCGGCCGCGCCAUUCAACAUUUGAAUGUCUCUAUGCUCGAGCUGGACGUUGUUGCUAUCGUGUUGUGCACGUUUCCAACGUUUUACUUCUGGUUCCACAAGCCGUUGGACGUUGAUACGACAGUGACUCUAUAUCUCGAAGGAUCACUAGAACUGAAAGAUGUACUGGUACUAGCAGAGGGUGUAGCCAAGCGACCUUUCGAACUCACUCCGCUCGACUUCAUUAAUCCGCCUCCAGAUCCCUAUCAGAUUCUUGACCCUAUCAUGUGGGGCCUUGAGCACUUGCUUCGACUUGGUACAAACUCUGCACAUGUGCCAAUCACACGAUUCAAGAACACGUCACGGAUGAAUCCUGGGAAAGUGACGGUGUCCGAGUGGGCGAUCUCAACGAUCAUAUCACUCACGUUCAUUUGUAUACACUUCGUCGCGUGGGACUUCAACUUUCCAUCACCAUUAGAAAGAAACAUCUCGCGAAGUGCCUUUGUCCUACUCCUCGGAACUGGCUUUACCUUUGGUAACCUUUGGUUCCUGACCAUGUGGCAACUACCGAACCUUUGUCGUCAAUUAGGGAUACCGCAAGUUGACACUGUAACACAACUAAUGUACCAGAUACAUCCGAUUCUUCAGUACGCUCUAACUAUCCCACACUUUGGGGCAUAUGGACUUGCGCGGUUAUUCAUCAUCAUAGAAGGUUUUGCUAGUCUAAGAGCGCUUCCUGCAAGUAGCUUUCGUGGAGUAGAGUGGUCCGACAUGUUUCCUCACAUCUAAGAAGGGCGGACCAUGAUGCAGCGCCAGAGCGAUGUCACAUCUCGAUCAUAACUAUUCUGUCGUGCCAGUCCGCCUGUGGUUCACUUACUGAGCGCAGGAGAUGGGCUACCUGGGGUAACACAUUGUUAUUAGGACUCUCAACCAACCCACACCACUAGUGUUGUUGCGAAAGCUGUAAUGAGAUGUUUCAGUUGCUCAAGUAUCACUCCAUGCCAUGCCAGCUCCGAAUAAACGAAAACUCG